UGUGACGGCAAAAUUAAUGUAAGUGAGUAAACCCUUAUUUGCUUCAAACUUUGCCCUUUCUUCUCACUCGUUCUUCUCUUGUCAAACCUUUUGGCCAUUUACAAUCUACCCAAAUUUUAUUCAGUUUUUAGGUCAUUACUUUUUCUUUCAAGUUUCAUUCUUUUUCACUAACCCAUCUCUAAUUUAGCCUUUCUUCUCCAUAACUCGACCGUUAAAAGAGAACACAGCAAAAAAAAUAAAAAAAAUAAAGAGAGGGUGGAGAACACUUCAGUCUUAAGUUUCUUUUUCUUCAUCAUCAUACCCACCUAAAAGCUAGGGUUUUUCUUUCUGGGUCAUUGUAAUUUGUAGUUUCUAAUUAAGUAUUUUGGGUUUUAUUAAAACCCAAAUCAUGGGUUUUUGAGGUUUUGAGUGAAUUUGGUAGAUUUUUGGGUAAUUAUUUAGUAGUAGUUAGUAAAAGAAAUGAUUGCUGAAAAACCCAGUUGGAUUAGGCAUGAAGGUGUGCAGAUUUUCUCGAUUGAUAUUCAACCUGGUGGUCUUAGGUUUGCAACUGGUGGUGGGGACCACAAGGUAAGGAUAUGGAAUAUGAAAUCUGUUGCUAGAGAUUUUGAGAAGGAUGAUCAAACACACAGGAUUCUUGCAACUCUACGGGAUCACUUUGGCUCAGUUAACUGUGUCAGGUGGGCAAAACAUGGUCGGCACAUUGCAUCUGGGUCUGAUGAUCAAGUGAUAUUAAUUCACGAAAGGAGACCUGGUUCAGGAACCACUGAGUUCGGGAGUGGUGAGCCUCCAGAUGUUGAAAAUUGGAAGGUUGUCACGACUUUGAGGGGACACACUGCAGAUGUGGUGGAUCUUAAUUGGUCUCCAGAUGACUCAAUGUUGGCCAGUGGAAGUCUUGACAACACAAUCCACGUAUGGAAUAUGAGCAAUGGCAUCUGCACUGCAGUUCUCAGAGGUCAUUCUAGUUUGGUGAAAGGUGUUACUUGGGAUCCCAUUGGUUCCUUUAUAGCUAGCCAAUCUGACGAUAAGACUGUGAUUAUAUGGAGAACAACUGAUUGGAGUCUUGCCCAUAAGACAGAAGGCCAUUGGGCUAAAUCCCUUGGAUCAACAUUCUUUAGGCGGCUUGGAUGGUCUCCUUGUGGCCAUUUCAUAACCACAACACACGGUUUUCAAAAGCCAAGACAUUCAGCACCUGUGUUGGAAAGAGGCGAGUGGGCAGCUACUUUUGACUUCUUGGGACAUAAUGCCCCUAUUAUAGUUGUGAAGUUCAAUCAUUCAAUGUUCAGAAGAAAUUUCUCCAAUGCUCAGGAUGUAAAAGCCUCUUCUGCUGGAUGGGCUAAUGGGACUUCAAAGACCGGAGGAAAAGAAUCACAGCCGUAUAAUGUUAUUGCUAUCGGUAGUCAGGAUCGUACUAUAACUGUCUGGACUACUGCAAGUCCACGACCUCUCUUUGUGGCAAAGCAUUUUUUCACUCAAAGUGUUGUUGAUUUAUCUUGGAGCCCUGAUGGAUACUCCCUUUUUGCCUGUUCCUUGGAUGGUUCAGUGGCAACCUUUCAUUUUGAAGUUAAAGAGAUUGGUCAGAGGCUAACAGACGAUGAACUGGAUGAGUUGAAAAAAAGCCGUUAUGGAGAUGUAAGGGGUCGCCAGGCUAAUUUAGCUGAAAGCCCUGCACAGCUGUUACUUGAAGCAGCUGCAGCAAAGCAAACACCAAACAAAAAAGUUGUGGUGGAUGUGCAGCAGAAGCAGGUAGCUUCAAAGCCUUCGUCUGAUUUGGGGGUUGCCGCAAAGGUCUCUGAGCCACACCUUGACAAUGGAAAAAUAAAUGGAGUAAGCUCCGAUGGUUUAAACAAGGUGGCAACUUCAGCUCGCGUUUCUAGUCCUGUGAAACAGAAAGAGUACAGGCGCCCUGAUGGUAGAAAAAGGAUUAUCCCUGAACCAGUGGGUGUGCCUACCCAGCAAGAAAAUAUAAUCGCAGUGUCCCAAUCUCAAGCUCUCGAUAUAUGUCUAGCGUCUUCUGAUGGCAGAAAUGACGUUAGUAAUGCUAAAGUUAGGAGAACACUUGGAGCAGGCUCUGAUGUGAAGGAACGUACUGGAGUCACGGCUAAGGCUUGUUUCAGUGACAGUUUGGUCAUUGAAAGAGUUCCAGUUGCUACCGGCAAAGAAGGUGGUGUUCUCAUUGAAUCUUCUGGCAAUGCAAAGGCGUCGAGUUCUUUAGCAGCUUGUAACGUUAAACUUGCAAUAAGGGUGGUAGAUAAAAAGGAGGGUUCAGAUGCAAUGCCGGUUACACUAGAAGCUCGUCCGAGAGAGCAUGCUGUUAGUGAUAUCGUUGGCAUGAGUAAUAUGUCACUGGUGAAUGAAACGGAAAUUAUAUGCAGCAGAGGAUCGCAAACUUUAUGGUCUGACCGUAUUUCUGGGAAGGUCUCAGUAUUGGCUGGAAAUGCCAACUUCUGGGCAGUGGGGUUUGAAGAUGGUUGCCUACAGGUGUACACAAAGUGUGGAAGGCGUGCUAUGCCGACCAUGAUGAUGGGUUCUGCUGCAGUGUUUGCUGACUGUGAUGAAUGUUGGAGAUUGUUGCUUGUCACAAAGAAAGGGUCUUUGUAUUUGUGGGACUUAUUUGAACGAAGCUGUCUUCUUCAAGACUCAUUGGAAUCUUUGAUUGCUGCAGAUCCUAAUGGAUCCUCUAAAGAUGCAGCUACUAUCAAAAUAAUAUCAGCAAAGUUGUCAAAAUCUGGUUCACCUCUUGUUGUAUUAGCUACUCGCCAUGCUUUUCUAUUCGAUAUGAGUCUGAAGUGUUGGCUUAGAGUUGCUGAUGAUUGCUUUCCUGCAUCAAACUUUGCAAGCUCCUGGAAUUUGGGGUCCUCACAGAGUGGUGAGCUUGCGACCUUGCAGGUGGAUGUUAGAAAGUUUUUGGCUAGAAAGCCGGGUUGGAGUAGGGUGGCUGAUGAUGGCAUGCAAACUCGUUCUCACUUGGAGGCUCAGUUGGCAUCAGCUUUGGCAUUGAGAUCUCCAAAUGAAUAUCGCCAGUGUCUUAUGUCAUAUGUGAGAUACCUUGCAAGAGAAGCCGAUGAGUCUCGACUACGUGAAGUCUGCGAGAGUUUCCUUGGACCUCCUACUGGGAUGGGUGGUGCUGCAUCAUCAGACGCGAACAGUGUGUGGGAUCCUUGUGUUUUGGGAUUGAAGAAACACAAACUUCUGAGAGAAGACAUUCUUCCAGCUUUGGCAUCAAAUAGAAAAGUCCAGAGGCUUUUGAAUGAAUUUAUGGAUCUUCUUUCUGAAUAUGGUAGUCCUGAAACUCAUACUGAACCACAUAACACAAUUUUGCCAAUGAUGACUUCACAGGCUACUGAUCAAGUAGAUGUGCUGCCAUCAUUAAAUGAUCAUGUGCAAGUUGAUCCACCUGUAAUAGACCGAAGAAUGGAUCAAGUCCAUCGGAAACUGGAUUACCAAAUAAAGGGUUCUUCACCGUCCAGGGCAGUUCACCAGAUGGACCGUCCCGUUGUUCCAGCAAAUCAAAUAAACCAAAUUUUACUGGUGGAAGAACGAGUUACAUGUGCUUCCGGGAAGGAUGAUCUCAAUUUAGUAAUGGUGAAGGAUUCGCUGAACCAGCCACGAUCUCUUGUCGAAUCCAAGGCAGAGAAAGUGGUAGUGGCUCUACCUGCCAAUGAUAACAACUCUUAGCCACUGUUUCAUCAAAGUAGUUUUGGUCUGAUUGAGGUAUGUAGUUUUCGAGGUUGAGUACGCAUUCAGAUAUAACUCGUAUAUGAAUGUUUAUGAGCAUGUCGUGUUAGCAAGGGGAGAGGGCAGUUAGUAGCGUAGCGUGUAUAUAGAGAUGGAAACGAAUGAUUGCUAUUUGCUAGAAGUCUUUUAUACUAAUGUUUUUAUGUUGAUGUUGGUGGCGAAAUCGAUUUGCUUACAUGGGAAAUUGUCCCUGAGCUUUUUUUUAGGCUUUUAUAGAAGUCACUCUAGGCAUCUAAAUUCUAAGAUCUUUUCCAGCCAACAGAUUUAUCAGUUGUGUAUAUAAUCCUGAAGCUGGAAUAUUGUUCAGCUAUAGAUUUUUCAGCUAAAGAUACAUGUUCGUUCUCAUCUUUGUUUAGACAUGAAAUUUCAUUAUCUUAGAUAUUAAUGGAUUUAUGUGGAACGCGA